CUCGCUCUUUUCAUUUCAGAAUUUCACUCUAUAUCAAUUUUUAAGAGAAGUCGUGUAAUCUUAAUCGGAGAAGAUGCAGUCGGCAAAGGAAACAGCGUCUAACGUCGCAGCGUCGGCAAAGGCGGGGAUGGACAAGACGAAGGCCACGGUCCAAGAGAAGGUGGAGAAGAUGACGACCCAUAACCCAGUGGAGAAAGACAUGGCUACCCAUCGUAAGCAAGAGAAGAUUGAUCAGGCCGAGUUGAACAAGCAAGCGGCGCAGCAACAUAACGAGGCGGCAAGGCAACAGACCACCACCACAACCGGUCACACGACAACUACCGGCGGGCUCAACCCAGCGUCUGCAAUGCACGGACACAGCACCACCGGGCAUACAAUUGGGUCUCACCCGACUGGGAUGACCACCACCAGCACCACCACCAAUCCAGCUGCUGCUGACCCACGCCUGGGUACUCGCCACACCACCGGCACCGGCACCGGCACCGGCACAGGGACUUAUUAGGGUUUGAUGGAACAACGGUCCAUGCAAUAAAAUGUUAUCCUUUUGCUUUGUUUGUUUAGAUUUGGUUGUGGUAGUCACAGUUAUGUUUAAUAGUUGUGCUUGAAGGUCGACUUGUAUUGGAAAUUAUAUGCUAUAUACUGAAUUUGACCGUUGUAUAUUUAA